AUGGAUCAACAUUCUGGAUUGUUCUUCUUGUCAUCAAUCUAUGUCUUAUUAUGCAGUCUGGUGUCUUUGGUUCAUGGAGAUGGCUAUGCAAAAACGAGGUGCUUCAGUUGUAACUACAAUCCAAGCAAGUACGGCUAUCACGUCAAGUCCUACUGGCGAGCUGUCCAGAAGGACGCCGGCUUCACGGCCUGUGCUCUCAUGAGUUACUCCGAUAUGGACGCAAUCGACAAGUGGAAAUGUGGGAGUGGAAUGUGCUUCAUAAGAAAAGAAAAGAAUGGUUUUAUCUACAGAGGUUGUGCCGACCAGAACAACCUACCGUUUGGCGUGACCCCAUACACGCGCUGUAACUACAAAGAUGGGUCUCUAUGGGAGUUUUGCCAGGGAGACUUGUGUAACAAAGGCCAGAUUAAAGAUGAUAAAAAAUGUGGGGCUCACAAACAAGACGACUACUCAGCAUCUUCAGGUUAUGACCCGUGUGAUGGAAAGUGUUACGGGAAUCCAAGUGGCUUAUUCGCCAAUCCGUACGACGCCGGUGGUUACAUCCAAUGUGGUUGUGAUUUUGUAUACGGGAAGGCCUGUCAGUGUUGUAGGGCAUUCUAUAUGAAAUGUCCAUAUGGUGCGACUUAUGACGAUUAUACGAAGGGUUGUAGCCAGAAGUAUCCCGUAAAACACCAGCCCGUUUAUAAAUCUGUUUCGUAUUACAAACACCAAACUACUUAUCAGUACGAUACAAGCUACAAACAGCCAAAACAGUCAUACCCUCAACCAAAACACAUGCCCUCAUAUCCCCAACCAAAACAUAUGCCCUCAUAUCCCCAACCAAAGCAUAUGCCAUCGUAUCCCCAACCAAAACAUAUGCCCUCGUAUCCCCAACCAAAACAUAUGCCCUCGUAUCCCCAACCAAAACAUAUGCCCUCGUAUUCCAAACCAAAGCAUAUGCCCUCGUAUCCCCAACCAAAACCCAUGACAUACGAACAGCCCAAACAAGUAACUUACGUUGUUUAUCCAAAACCUAUGACAUAUGAAUAUAAAGAACCCUCUUAUGAAAAACCAAAGCCGCAAUCAACUAGCUAUUAUCAUGACCAGCCACUGCAUGAUGAGCCCGCGGCUGUUAGUGAAGAACUCGAGGAGGAUGAGCGUGAAGAAUUCAAUGAUGACAAUACUGCGCGAGAAAGUAAAGACGAUAUAGAACUUGCGAGUAAAUAUUUUAGCGCAAGAAGAUCAAAGAGAAAAUUUUAUAGAUCAUUUGGGUAUUAA